UUUGCACGGCCAGGAAUUUAACCAACAACCUUCUGAUUAAUAGCCAGACUCCCUAACCGCUCAGCCAUCUGACCCUCAUCUACCUCAAAUUGCACAAGCAUGCUCAAUGAGCAACUAAAGGUGAUCAUCUGUGUGAAGAGGGCAUUGUUCAAAGUAUUUUCUUUAAGUGAAAACUAAAACUGUUAUUCUAUUAAUAUAAAAGGCUAUCUACAUUGCACUUAAGAGAGCACCAUUUUGACACUAAAGAAUAGUCAGUCACAUCUCUGUAUUCUACCCACUUGCUGCAUUUUAUCAACAAAUGAUUAAUGUCAAGACAGUUUAAUGCAAAUGAAUGUUUCUAUUUAUUGAUUUCUAUACUUGAAAAUGGUAAAAGGAUAUACUUAGGGGUUAACUGUUUUAAAUAAUGAUACUAAUUACGUCAACAUGUUGACGUAAUAAAAAAAUAAAUGUUUUUUUUUAUUUUAUUUUUUUUAUGUAUGCGUGGAUUACUCCAGCACAGGUAGGGUAUGUGAAAUGUAGCAGUUAGUAGAGUCGGCAUGGCCAUGGCCUCACUGGGUUGACGCUGUCAAAUGACCUUUGAAACAGAGCACAGAUCAAGGAUUUGAACGCUGAUUUUAAGUAGUAGCCUAUGGACACAAGCAAACCCAGACUAUCAUUCGAGGAUUCAAGAAAGUAAACCGGGUGUUCCCGUCUAAGCCAACUAGCCUAUAGCAAGAUAAAAGCCUGUAGUUUUGAUUAGGCUAUAGUUUAAAUCGUUUGUUUUGUGUCGAAUUUAAAACGAAACUCACGCACAUCCAAUAAUAGCCUACGGCCAAUGGUCAACCAUUUCUUUGAAACGUGGACAGGCAGUAACAAUGUUUUCAUUUAUAACAUCGUUUCUCCCGAAUUUACCGGAGUGGCUUACGCUGGACGCAAAUCCUCUGGAGAGUUUACUGCAAGGAGUUGUGGGCGCAUGUGGAGUAUCAAUACUAUGCAACCUGUUAAGAGUUCACUUGUUCUUGGAGUCAGAAAGGAACGAAGACAGCAGUGAAGACACAUCAAGCCAGAAGAAAUCUAGCCAUCAAGGCAAUGUUACAAGUGGGAUAGGUGGAACACUUCAGUUUUGGUUCCUAACAGGAAUAAUCUCUGUUGUGGGCUCUCGAGUAACCUCCCUUGUGGUUUUGGAAUUUUCCCUCAGAGCAGUCUCCGCUUGGUUCACUGCUGGGCCUGAGUCAAGUACGUUUCUGCGGCAGCAGCUUGUUCAGUGCCAAUUCUCUCUUGGCUGUGCGCUCAGCUGCAGUCUCCACUUUCUCCACGAGGGGGCGGCGCAACGCUGGCUUUGCUUGCUUCUGGCUGCAGCAUUGAGCUCUUACAUGGCCAAGCAAGCAGUGCGCCUGCAUCUCCAUGUCAGGAGACUGUACAGACUCCACAGCUCCCAGCGCUACUGCGGACUGUGCAUUUCGCUCUUGUCAUCGGGCAGCACUGUUCUACCAUCUCUAAACAAGGCUCUUGUGAUCACGUUCACAGUUGCUGCAGUGGCUGCCAUAUCGGUUAUCAAUAAACAUUUCCUCUCUACCACAGAAGCACUCAGGUUCUGGACACCACUGACUAUCUGCUACACACUGCUGGUAGUGUACAUGCAAGAGGACCAACACCGCCAGGCCAGUGGGCAGGCUGUUCUCAACACAGUGGGAGUGCGUCUUGGGGGGUUAAUGGUGCUGAUGCUGACUAUCGGGCGCUGGGCAGAUGUUUUCCACAUAUUCAUGUGCUUCCUGGGUGAAGCAGGCUGUCUGAUUCCCACCACAGAUCUCCUGGAUGCUACAUCACAGGAAGACGAGCAGUUUUCGAGGCCGGACACUGAGAACUGGAGGAUUCAAAAGACCACAAGCCACAAGAGAUAACUAUCUGAGCUCAGCCUGCUAGUUUAUUUUUUAUUCAAUGGGAGACUCAUAUCCGUACACCGGGGGCUACACAUUUGUCAUGUGAAUAUAAAUGAAGAAAAUGUAAUACAUGUGUUGAAACCUAAAAACAAAAGUAUAUCUGCAAGCCUUAAUAAUAUGGCAAUUUUACUAGCCAAACAUUAAAGAGUUGGAGCUACCAGCUCAAUUCACUGCACUCUGUCCUCACAUUCUGAUUCCUCACGGUUCUGAUGCUGUCUGUACUCCUUGGCACACCUAUAGGCUUUGGUUUAUUGUUUUUCUUUAAUGAAUGUGUGACAGUGUAAGCUACUUCAAGAGCUUUGCAACACAGAUCUUUAUCAAAUAAAGACUUGCAAUUAUUCACAGCAAUUUGCUAUGUAAUGAACAUCAUUGUUUGUAGUCCAUCCGUUUUAGGAGGGGGGGCGGGGGGCGGUGGCCUUUACUACGUAGCCUCUAGUCUCAUUUUAUAACCGCCUUGAGUGUUCUAGACUGCAAGACUGCUUGAAUUGAAGUGGGCAAAAUGGCUGACAACAAAUGUUAAUGCUUGCAAAAUCACAAAAUGGCGUUAUACAAAGAACAAUAAGUCGAUAUCAAUGCCAAUACAAUCUAUUGAUUGAAUAGUCUACUUUAUAGACACAUGGAUUUACAAAUGAUUGGCAUAAAUUGCUUUAUCAAAACAUUUCUGUAGACUAUGCUAAUAUCGUUUGCUGAAACAGUAAUCAUGAAAUAUGUCGUGUAGUCUACCGACAAAAUGCAUAAUAGGUUAACUUUAAACCAAAAA